AUGAGGCUGCAGGAUGAACUCCCAGCACUUCAGGACCAGCAGGGGAAGGAUCCUGUCUCUGAAACCAGAAUAGAAAUAGAGAUUCCCAACAUCAACUCGGAUCUGGGAAGUGAACUGUAUUUUGUGAAGCUCCCCAAGUUUCUCAGCAUAGAAUCCAAGCCUUUUGAUCCUCGGGUUUAUGAAGAUGAAUUUGAAGGUGAAAAAAUGCUUUACGAGGAAGACAGGAUCAGGCUGAAACUCAAGGUGGAAAACACCAUACGGUGGAGGAUACGCCGGGAUGAAGAAGGAAGGAAGAUCAAAGAAAGCAACGCUCGGGUAGUCAAGUGGUCAGAUGGCAGCAUGUCCCUGCACUUGGGAAAUGAAGUGUUUGACAUCCACAAAGCCACAGUGCAAGACAAUCACAGCCACCUGUUCAUCCGAGGGGACACGGGGCUGCUGGGACAGGCGGUCUUUAAGUCCAAGCUCACAUUCAGACCUCAUUCCAUCGACAGUGCCACCCAUAGGAAGAUGACGCUGCCGCUUGCCAGCAGAAUCUCUAACGCACAAAAGAUCAGAAUCCUGCCCAUGGCCACCAGCGACCCUGAAUGCUCCCGCACAGAAAUGGUGAAGGAACCAGCCUGCUCCCACUCCUCCGACAGCGAGAAGGGAUCCAAAGGAGAAAGGCCUCCAGUGUUCCUCAGAGCCAAGCAGCUCAGCAGUGAUGAGGAGAACCUUCCAGAAGGUUGA